AACCCGUCCCGCAGCAUGAGCCGCCUCCCUCCUCCUCCUGUUCACUGUAUUGCUGAGAGCUACAGCUCAAAGCCCGUCUGUGUGUAAUGUGAAGCUCUACAAAAACAACCUGAAGGAUCUGGGGGAAGGGAGGCUGACGUGAUGAAAACACCUGUUGCUGUGGUGCUGUGGGGCAAAAGGAGAAGUCUGCACUGCCGCCUCGCUUGCUGUGUGUGUGUAGCUCCAACGAUGAUCCAUGAUAAGCCUUGACUUGGGACCGCAGAGCACUGGGAACAAUGUCAGCUUCACAGGUGGUGCUGGUGAACUUCCAGUAUGAGUACACAGCUCGUGAUGGCAACCAGGUGGCCAUCAAACCCAACGAGCGCUACGUGCUGGUGGCCAAAACCAACGACCACUGGUGGCAUGUGCGCAAAGACGAGAGCACCAAACCUUUCUUCAUCCCAGCGCGAUAUGUAACGGAGUUACCCCCGGAGAACAACUUCACAUUCCCUGACCCUCCACCGGAGGAAGGAGGUGGGCUGGAUCCCCCAAAACCUUCUUUUGAAAUUACACCUUCUAAUACAGGGAAUUAUUCAGGUGAGGUGACCAUCAGAGACCCUACAUCCAUCAGGAAAGACACGAAGAAGGACGGCCACAGGAUCUCAACGUUUAUCAUCCCGGAGGAUCUGUAUGACAACAGGUUCUGUGAGUCAGUGGCAUCUGAGGCUAAAACUGAGAAAGAGCCCAAAUUUUGCAAUGUACUCAUAGAUAAAACAAAGGUAGAUGACUCUCACCGGGGGACACCAGACUCUUCUUCACUUUUUAAUGAUGAGGAAAGCCCCUACGCCGUCUCUCCACCACAUUUUCUUACUCUACGUUCACAAAGCAAAGGAACAGAACCCAACAGAGCUAAUGCUGAGGUCCAGUCCCCUAAAAACUCCUCUAAAAACAUAGAAGAAGACAUUCAAAUGCUCAAAAGAGCCGGCUGGGACCUAAAAAUAUGGAAUCUAAUGGACGAUGGUAUCUAUGAGUCGAUAGACAACGUUAAAAAUUCUGUGGAGACAAAAGACAAUGAAGCAGAAGUUCCACCACCCACAUCACCUCGAUCUCCUACAUCACCUCGAUCUCCUUCAGCACCUUCCACUCCCGUCUCUACAAACGAGCAAACUCCCAGAUCUCCUAUCGGCCUACCAGAAGCUCCUCCAGAGAAGGUGGAAGACGAUGACGUGUCGGCGGUCUACGUGAAUGUCCCCAGGGUCCGGCGCAGUUCCUCCGGCUUGCCGUUCUCCUCCACCUCCCCACAGUCCUCCUCUUGGGGGGUUUCAGACUCACCAGACUCUCCUCCCCACCUCCCCGACUCCGUUCACCUGGGCUCUAAGGGAUGGGAGAUCCACACUGACCAGGACAGCGGUCAGCAGUACUAUUAUCAGCCCAGUACAGGCUGCAGCACCUGGGACUACCCGCUUAACACCUCCAUGGAGUCCAGCUCAGGGAUGGAGGCGCCUCCCAUAUCCCCCUCCCCCGCCCAGUCUCCAGCCUGCUCUCCUCAAGGCCCCUCCCCACCAAGAUGGAGCUCGGACUGGGAGAAGGUGCUGGACGAGAACAGUGGCCGACACUACUUCUUCAACCCUGUAUCAGGACAGAGCUCCUGGGACCCACCAGAGGACCUGCCAGGGAGUCUGCAGGACAUUGGUCCACCUCCGCUCCCUGAGGAAGACUACCCCGCCGAAGAGGACAUCCCUGUGUCCCCAUGCCAGGAGGACGCCUUGUCCCCGCUGCCCUUCCCCCUCACCUCCGAGUACUCUCUCGCUCAUGUGACUAAAGCGGUGAUCCCUCGAGCGUGUCUGGACCGCAGUACUCCUGCAGGCUGGACCCUCAGCGUAGACCCUGAUGGAGCGUGGGUCUUCACCAGCGAGCUCACACAGGAACAGUGGAUCAAAUCGCUGGACGAUCGAGGACAGACAUACUACUACCUGAGAGAUGGCUCCAAAUCCCAGUGGACCUUACCUGAGCUCUCUGCUGGUCUGGGUCAGUGUCGGUUGGGGAAUGGAGGGGCAGUGGAGCCUGAUGGAGGGAUGAGGAGCUGGAGGAAUAGUACAGGAUCUCAGGAUGAGAAGCUCUCCCUGAGCCAUCGCAGGAAUGCCUCAGACAGUGACGCCUCCAGCUCGCCGGAAAUGCCUCAUAAUACGUCACCUGCAAAAGCUUCUACAACUGAGCCUGAGAAGAUGCUGAUCAACCAAAACUCAGAAUCUCCACCACAGAAAAUGUCCAAUUUGGAGAAAGCUGGAAUCCUCAACAAGACCAAGAUCUGUGAUAACGGGAAGAAAGUCAGAAAGAACUGGGGUCUUUCGUGGACUGUUCUUCAUGGAGGGAUUCUUACAUUUCAUAAGGACCCAAAGUCCAACCCAACAGGAGCAGCGAGUAAGACCAACCAGUUUGUUCCAGAGUUCACAGUAGAUCUGAGAGGAGCGAUGAUUGGCUGGGCAGCGAAAGAGAAGUCCAGCAAGAAGAACGUACUGGAGUUGAAAAGCAGGGCUGGUGCAGAGUUCUUGGUCCAAUACGACACCGAGAGCAUCAUCAACGACUGGCACAAAGUCAUCACUGACACCAUACGACAGCUGGAUGUGGAGCAGCACCACUCUGAAGAUGAAGAGGAGGUCAGUGAAAAGACCUUCAGCUCAGAGAAGGAGGACAGACCCGUGGCCAUUGCAGACAGGCGGCGGAUGAGUAAUGCCGGCAAGCUUUCGUCCAGUUUCUCAUCUUCUGAAUCCGACCCCAAGAAGGUUCGGAACAAACUGAAGAAGUUCCUCUUGAAGAGGCCGACCUUACAGUCCGUAAAGGAGAAGGGCUACAUCAGAGAAAACGUGUUCGGCUGUCACCUACACAACCUCUGCGCCCAGGAGAAAACCACCGUGCCCAGCUUUGUGGAGAAGUGUAUUCGGACGGUGGAGAAAAGAGGUUUGGGGAUUGAUGGAAUCUACAGAGUCAGCGGGAACCUGGCCGUUAUUCAGAAACUGCGUUUCAGAGCUGAUCAUGCAGAGGAUCUGAACCUGGAGGAGGGAAACUGGGACAUCCACGUGAUCACAGGAGCACUGAAGCUGUUCUUCCGAGAGCUGCAGGAGCCUCUGUUUCCAUACAGUCACUUCAACAGCUUUGUACAGGGCAUCAAAAUCGCAGACUACCACAGCAGAGUGUCCUACAUGAGUGAUCUGGUGAAGUCCUUACCAGCACCCAACCACAACACUAUGGAGGCGCUCUUCAGCCACUUAAGGAAGGUUAUCGAGCAUGGCGAGGAGAACCGGAUGACCGUGCAGAACGUGGCCAUCGUCUUUGGCCCAACGCUGUUGAAGCCUGAAAUGGAGUCAGCCAACAUAACCAUGUAUAUGGUCUUCCAGAACCAGAUCAUAGAGUUCAUCCUCAAUGAAUUCGAGACCAUCUUCCACAUGUGAUCAGCUGUUAAUCAGAGGUCUGCCAGAGGAUAAUAGAUCAGGGAUUGGUCAAGAAGCAAUCAUGAAUCUGCCCGGUCCUUAUGCAUGCAAGAAAUGCCAGUGUUGGGGAAGAUGAAUGAUGAAGAUGGGCGUUAGAAAGGCUGAGUUAGCGCUAUGCAAACGAUUCCCUGCUAACUUACCUUUUGUGGCUUCUGAUGUUCUAGUGUCAGUUUUGGGCCACUGCUGACCACAGAUGACCAGAAAAAUGCUUCUCACUGAUGACAAAUUGAGCGUAAUUAUUGAACGUGUAAUACUGGCUCAUACUGAGUGAGAUGCUGGCAGAAGAACUGUGUCGUUUGCUUUUAAAAAUAAGAUAAAAUAUAGCUCUUAUGAUUAGAUAUGAGACAAUAGAAGAGAAUGGGGAGAGAUGUAAAUAAAGGAAGGGCGAUAGAGAAUAAUGUUAAUAUUAAUUUUAAUACUCCACUGGAAAAUGUAGGUGAGGUUUGUCUUACUGAUACUCAGGCAGUUUUUCUCUGGCUGUUUUUCUCAGAUAUGUUCAGAUUCAAUAUGUUCCUUUAUGCCCAGCUGUUUGUGAGCCUCUAUAAAAACAGUGCAGUUCUUUUUUAAAGGUAGCAUUCUGGCCUAAAACUAGCUUUUAUUAUUUCAGUUAUUGUGUAAUAUUUUCUAUCGUGGUAUUUGAGCCCAAAACAUGUUUGGUUUAAAAGAAUUUGGGCCUUUGAGCCCUUUAGUCAGUAGUCAGUAGUCAGCAGUCGGUAGUUACCUGCAAAAUUAUUCAUAAUAAAUAUGAUAUUAUCAGCCAACAAUCAGUAUUGAACAGGCCUUAAUACAAAAGUUAAUACAGGCAUGGGGCCAUAUUUAAUUGAUCCAUUGGCAAAUUGUCAACCACAUACUUUUCAGCUUGAUUUUGGGUGUGUCAGUGUGUCUUUGCUAUCAUAACAACGGGAAAAGUACACCUUGCACAGGUUGAAAUGCACAAAAGGCAUGUCCUAAUUGAUAAAUUGCAACUUUUUGCUAUUUUAACGAUCUAGGUGCAAGGCAUGAAAAUAGACUGUUGAAAGGGUGUAAGAUAGCAAUGAACAUCACAACGCAUCUUUACCAAGAUAGGUUUCCUAUUUAAUUUUAUCCUAAUUUUAUAUUUAAUUUUAAAUUGCUUCCCACCUUGGAAUACCACUAUCACUAGAAAUGCACCCAGCACUAGGAGGGUGAAAACUAGCAACACAUAAAAUCAGCCAUCGCCUCUUUUCCAACUGCCCCUGCUGCAGCAUCACCGCGUAGAAAGCGCAUUCGGGGAAAGCGUAGCAACUCAGCACUGAUGCAUCAGCCAACAGACGCCUGUGCUGAGCUGAUGCCUGUUCUAGCAUAGACAUAUUAUACGUAGAUGCCUAAUUAUGGUCUGGAGCGUAAUCCAGCGUCGCCGCCAUAUUGGUUGGGUCUUUUCAAUCUAAGCUAGCACCAGAACCUUAUAAAUGAGGAGUUGAAAGAAAAACAACUUUGAAUUUCAUGUUAUGUUAUGUUUACACUAUUUGUCAGACUUUAUAAAGGUAUUAUUUCAUAAGAACUUACUAAUUAGUUUGUAUUAACUGAAUUUCAGAUCUUCAGAUAGACCUCACAAAGUAAAAUUUUAAAUAUGAACAAUACAAAAUAUAUAUUUUAUAUUAUAAAUUAUAUAUUUAUAUAUAGUUGUGGAAUUAUGUAUUGUUCAUAUUUCAAAUGAGUAAUAAAACUUUUUUUUGUUUUUUCAUUAAAAUAUAAAAUGAAUUAAUUUAUACACUUAUUUAUACACAUGCCAUACCAAAUGUCUUUAUUAAAGUCUUUAUUAAAGAGAAUAAUAGAAAAUAUUUCAGCAUUCAAAAAACAUGUAUUUGUUAUACGUGACAGUGUCCUUCAUCAUUAAUACAUCUCUAUCGUUUGUAACACACCAAACUGCAUGAAAAUUGGGUAAAAAAAAUAGUUUUGAGUUGUGAUUAUUAUGGUUAUAUUAAACACCUUCCUCAGUACAAAUAAAUGCACUGGGGCGCAUGGGAGCCCCAUCCAAUAUGGUGGCCAUGCUGAACGUCAUCUCCAAUAGGAGACUUCAGUCUAUGAGGCGUCUAUGUAUAUUAUGUCUAUGUCUAUGUGUGCUCGGUAUGAUGGGGACAGAGUGCCAUCUUCUAACCCAGAGAGACUAAGGCCAAUUGCGCUCGCUCGGACUCUGGCUGAUGAUGCCCCCCCAAAAAAAACACUUGUAGUAUAUUCAGAAGCUGUUUCCACCAAAAUGCAUUAUCAGAAGGAGGCACUAGACUUGCACACCGCUGUAGGAGGAAAGAAAGCAUAUUUACGACAGAUGUAGAGGGAUGUAGAGGGUGGUGCUUUUUGUGUACGUAGGCCAGAGUGCCCCCUUAAGGACAAAGCAGUUGUUUGUUUGUUUUUUUUGUUUCUAUGUUUUUAAAUGCACUGAAAUGUAUUCUUGCGAAUGCACUGAUGAUCUCUCUGUGAUAUUUAGCCUCAGCAUAGACAAGUCUGUCCUCCUGAGCUGGAGGCUUUGAUUUCAGUGAAUGCACAACCCUUGUCCAUACAGUGGUUUUUAAGCUGUGAAGAUAUUCUACUGCAUUUAAAACUCAUUCUUAGAGACACACAGGUGUAGAUCAGAUAUUGUGGCUAUUAAUUAAGAAACAUUUAGGGCAGUUCUUAGACAUUUUCUGCAUCUUUCUUCAAUAUGUCACCUGCAGCAUAAACGAGUGCAAUACUACAGCUUAACUGUGAAUGGACAGCAGUAGUUUACUUGUACAGGGUCUUUAAAGGCUGAGGAUGUUUCUUUAGAGUCGUUUAGCACAAACAUCCCAACUUCCCUCUGUAAGAUUUAUUUGCACAUAGACGAAGAUUAAUCCUGAAGGAAAUGAAGAGCAUAGAUGUAAAGAAUUGUAAAGCAUUAAUAUUUUAUGAACAUAAGGCACAUUCAUAUGCUUAAUGUUAAGUGGUUGGAAGAUGUAUAUAUAGAUAAAGGCAUAUUUAUGCUGUAAAUUACCCAGAAUAAACAAGCUUUUAAUAAAGUUAACUGUUUUACA